AUGUUAAACGAUUAUAAGUUUAAAGAUAUCAUUAUCAAAUUGUGGGAAUAUUAUAAAGGAAAAGUAAAUGAAAACUUAGAAGAGCUCAUUGAAUCGCUUGGGUUUGUUAAUAUGAGCGAUGAAGUUGCAAUAGUCACUAAAGCAAGAGAGAAUUUAAUUUAUGCAAUGUCGGAAUUAUCAACUAACCAACGAAUUGCUUUGUCGACUCAGAAGAGGCAGUUAAUUCAGAAAUGUUCAUUCAAUGGUGCUGCUUGCAAUAUUGAUAAAGACUUUGCGAUUGUUGAUAACCCAGUGUUUGGGAACUGUUUCACUUUUAAUUUUAACCGUUCAACCGAUAUCACCAGUAUGAGAGCGGGGCCUAUGUAUGGAUUACGGCUGCUUUUAUAUGUGAAUGCUUCUGAUUAUCUGGCAACAACUGAAGCAGUUGGCGUCAGAAUAGCAAUACAUGACAAAGAUGAAUAUCCAUUUCCCGAUGCUUUCGGAUAUAGUGCGCCAACAGGAUAUAUCUCAUCAUUUGGAAUGAAAUUAAAGAGGAUGAAUCGUUUACCAGUUCCAUUUGGUGAGUGCGUUCUAGGAGGAAAGACAAACGACUAUAUUUACAAUGAAUAUCGGUAUUCAACAGAAGGGUGUUAUCGUAGCUGCUUUCAACAUUUGGUUCUAAAAGAAUGUGGAUGUGGCGAUCCAAGAUUUCCUGUUCCAGAAGGCCAUCGUCAUUGUUUAAUUUUCGAUUCAGAAGCCAGAAAAUGCUUAGAACGCCGAACCAAUGAUUUAAGUUUGAUACAUGGAAGUUUUCGUUGUCGAUGUCAACAGCCUUGUGACCAAUCUAUAUAUAUGGUCUCAUAUUCAGAAGGAAUAUGGCCAUCGAAGUCAUUAAACAUCUCGAUUGGUGACUGUGAUGAAGGUGCUGAAAUGUGCAACGAACAUUAUAAGGAAAAUGGUGCAAUGGUCGAAGUUUUUUAUGAAAUGUUAAAUUUUGAAAUGUUAAUGGAAUCGGAAGCAUACGAUGUUGUAAAAAUGUUAUCUGAUUUUGGUGGUCAGUUGGGCCUAUGGUCAGGUGUAUCAUUUAUAACUUGUUGUGAAAUUGCGUUUUUGGUCCUUGAGACAAUUUACAUGGUUAUUGAUCACCAUUAUAAAAAAUAUAAACGAAAAAUGGAAAUUAAUCGACUAUACCACGAUUAA